GAUUCAAUGGUUUUUUUAAUCGCUCAAUAUUUUAUUCAUAACCCUCCCUUUUAAAAUUUAAGUUUCAAAUUAUUUAAUUUCCCCUCCAAUUUUUUUACAACACAAAUCACUUUGAUUAGUCACUUAUCUUCUCAAAUAUAUCAUAAUAUAUCCUAAUUCAUUAAAUUUCGUNAAAAUUUAAGCUUGGCAUAAAAUGCAUAAAUUAAAAGUUAAAUAUAAAAAAAUCAGAUAUGUAUUUAAUUGAUUAAAUAGUCAACUGUUAUUAUUCAGAAGUUUGCUCGUGGAUAUAUUGCUAGAAUGCUAAUGAAAAGAAACAACGACUCCAGAUACAAUGAAAGAAAUAUUAAAUAUUUCAGUUAUCAUGCAACUUAGAUCUAAAGACAUUUUAGUUAUCAUUAUAGAAAAUAUUACAUUAAUUGGUCAACUAGAAAGGCCUAUCUUUAAUUCUUAAAAACCAAAAACUAAGACUUUCUGGAAGAGUUAAAGAAAGUCGAAGUUGAUGAAAAUUAAUAAUUGAAAGUUAGACAAGAAUAAUUGGCAAGAACAGAAUUUGAAUCCCUAGCCAAAAACUUACAUCAUCUUUCUUCUACAUAAACCAUUGCAGGUGUUUAUAAUAGGCCUUUUGGAAAUAAAGACAUUGUGUUUGAUUUGGAUGUUGAGAGCCAUCUCAAAGUAGUCUUUCAUAGUAAUUAUGAAUGGGAAAAGAAGAGACAGAUUUCAAGAUAUGCUAAAACCAGUAAAUUGAAUUACUCUAAUAAAUUAAAACCAUUGAAAUGA